AGCGCUCGGAGGAGCAACAGAUACACGCUUUCUGUUCUUUUAGCUGUUAUUAUUAGGGUAAAAUGUGAACUAUCCGUUCCCUCCAGACAGUAUGAGCAGUACACCUAUCCAGGAGCCCCCUAUCCAGGGACUGUCCUCUGGGAGUGGGCAGACCUUACCCUCCCGACCCCUGCAGCUCUCCUCUGACCCUUCAGCUUCUAAAAGAGUAUGUUUCUAUAAAAGCGGUGACUAUCAGUUCAGUGGGCAUCGAAUGGUCAUCAAUGCCCGCACCUUUAAGACCUUUGACGCUCUACUGGAUGUUCUUUCCAAGAAAGUGCCUCUGGCAUUUGGAGUGAGGACUAUCACCACACCCCGGGGGACUCACCUUGUUAAGGCAUUAGAUGACUUACAUGAUGGGGGUGCUUAUGUGUGCUCUGACCAGAAACGGGUGAAGCCACUAAACCUGGAUGAAGUGAACCGGCGGCAGGUACCUUGGAAUACUACCAGACCGCUCAAUGCAGGGCGACGACGGCGGCGUCAAGGACUCCGAUUUGGUCAGUUUGGCAGCAAGAACGAAGCCAUUAGGCCAGCAAAGGUCACUGAAAGGGUGGCAGUACGGACACCAAAGAGGCUUAUGGUCAUCAAGAACAGGGAUCCAAGUGUUAAACGCACAAUUGUUUUGCAGAGAAGAACAGCUCCAACAUUUGAUGCAUUGCUGGAUUACCUAUCGCAGAUCCUGCAGUUCCCAGUGCUGAAACUCUACUCUACAGAUGGCAGAAGAGUUGAUGGUCUUGCUGCUCUUAUCUUGUGCUCUGGAGUUGUUGUGGCAGCGGGCAACGAGCCUUUCAGAUUAGCAAACUAUAGUUUUCACAGAACAGGCCAGAUGGCACAAGCCAUGUUCGUGGAAACUGCUGAACCAUCAAUGUUGCAACCUAGAGCACAGAAGAAAAAGUCUUUCUCAAGCGGACGAGGAUCAAGGAACUUCUCCGUGUCAUCAGAGCGAUAUAUUGUGAACCAGAUAAACAAGUCUCAAAAUGGCCACCUGCAUCCCCACAAUGGACUGUUUGAAGCAGAAGCCAAUCAGCAUCACACAUCUAUGGAGAUGUCCGGAACUGGCAGGGAAGAUAACGUGCAUCAAACCUGCAUCGUACCUCACGAUGAUGACAUUGAAAAGUCUUUCCGCGUGAAUCAAGAUGGCAGCAUGACGGUGGAGAUGAAAGUUCGUCUGACCAUUAAGGAGGAGGAGAUGCUCCACUGGACAACCACACUCAGCCGCACCAGCCUUAGCAAGAGGGCAGCUUGUGCCUCAAUUUCUGAGUCAGGCAACCGCUCCCCUGACUCGAACAAUGCCAUUGCCAAAGACUCCUCUAGUAUCAGCGAGGAAGAAACGAAAGAAGAGAACUUUCCCUCCACAGCUGGAAAAGGCGUCGGCUUUAAUGAUGAGCGAACAUAUGAAGGAUACACUUCAACAGCCACGGGAAAAGCGAAAAAAAGUGUCAAACGUACUCCCACACCUGGUCCUCGACAUGUUAAUAAAAAGGCGUCUAUUGAGAGUGUGAAGAGGGUCACAGAGUCAGGGAUGCAAGAGAGCAUGCUGGGACAUUAUUCCUAUGUGGAAAGGACAGCCGAUGGCGAAACAACGGAGGGAUACUGCCUCGUGAAACACAGCAGCAGCAGCAAUAGACCCAUCCCAAAACCCCGCAAAACAGCAUCCGCAGGAAUGAGCAACAAAUGCACCCCCUCCUCCAUCAGGUCAUCAGGAGUUGCUGAGGUCCUUCAGAUACAGAAUAAUGGGAUGGAGUUUAGAGAGACUGUGAUGCAUAUUUAUGAGACCCAAGGCUGCUAUGACAACUAUUUCGCGAAUCAGGAAUAUAGUGUGGAUGGCGUUCCUUUACAUGGCUCCCCUCCGGCACUACAAAGUAAACAGUCGACUGACUCAGGGCCUCAUUCAUCGAGUAAUGAUUGUGAUAUAGAUUGUAGCUGGCAGCCACCCACUGCUGACUCACUGCAAAGGCAGAAAGAGGAGAUGCUAUCACUGUCAUCAGAGCCAGUAUCUCUGACACAUGAGAAUACAAACAAUCUGUCUUCACCGAGUGAAAACGAAACCCAGAGAAACCUUCAAAUUCUAGAGAGAGUAAAACUAGACAACACUCCAAAAAGCACGACGAAGAAAAAGAUGACUAGGUCUGCUAGGAGCCAGAAGAGUUCAACUUCAACAAGUUACACGGAUAGAAAACCGAAGGAAAGCCUAAUCAGCCCCUCAAAAGAUAGCAAGCAUUCAUCUGCUGACAAGAUAAGCAGUAAGGCCAGUGUGGGAAAAAGGAGUGUGAAUUCUUCUGAAAGUGCUAAAAGUGGUCAAAAGAGUAAAGGAGCAGAAAAGAAAGCAGAAAGUCUCCAAUCUAAGAAAUCCAAUAAAGGUGAAAAAACACCAACAAAGAGCUCAGCCUCAUUAGUUAGAACUGAAAAUUUGAAAAGAGCGCCACAGAGACAAAACACAAGCAAAGCAGCUGCUAGCGAUAUUGGCCACAAUGUAAAUACCCCAACUGGAAGGCCUCAAAUGAAAAAGAACAUGUCAGACAUUUUACAACCCAACAAAUCUCUUACUAAAAAGACAACUAGCAAGCCAAAAUCAAUGCCUGAAAGCGGAAUAUCACCAACAAAACCACUUGUUUCGAUGCCUUCUCUUGAUCCUUCGCCCUCCGAGAUCCACCGAUAUGUUGAGAACUGGUUGGAGAAAGUCACCCCAGACCAAGUGCCAUAUCCAGAGGAGGUGAUCACAGAGGAAACACAACCUCGAACAAAGGUUAUAUUUCAGAUAGGCGGAGAUUCUGAAUCAGAUGAAAAGAAUGAAUGCCAGACUAAUUUAGAUGAAAAUAACCCAUCGCCCAAUGAUGUUAUAAAGGGAUCAGCAUCUUGUCUAUCGGUUCCUCUUAGCCACCAAGAACUAACGACAGUACAAGGUUUAAGUGUUUCUAUGCCAAAUGUCAGAGCUGACCUUGAACAUCAGGAGAACAGACUGAGGCCACACAAAUCUGCAGAGGCCAUCUGUCCAGCUGGCGAUGAAACAUCUUCAUCAUCUAACUUUUUGAGUCCCAAAGCAAAGAUAAAGCCUGCCCUGCAACAACUCUGUUCAUCCAUUCAGUGCAUCAGAAGAGCCUCUGACACCAACGUGGCAUCCAACCUUGAAAAAUCUAACAGCCUUCCCGAUUUCCCGACACAAGUAGCCUCAGUGUUUGGCUCGUCGUGUAAAGCCUUUCUGUCAUUCUUGUCAGUGAUGACUCUGAGAGAUCACCUCAUAGACUCCACACCACGAGAGGAUAAAAUAUCAAGAACCACGUCAGAGGCGAUGCUAAUGAUGGAGUCCCUGCAGAAGAUUUCGGCCAUCGAGGACGAGGAAGAGCAGAGAGCAAGUCUGACUGAUUUGCAAAGCAGAGCAUCUUCUCGUUUAAGACAGAGCUGGAAGGAUUUCCAGAUUCUGAGGGAAAGGCUUGAAAGUGAACCCCUUUCUCCCAAAGUGUCAGAAACUGAGUUUGCGCUAGAUGUCUUCUCUGAAGGCGGCGAUGCAUUUGAGGAACAGCAUUCAGGAAUUGAUGAGCUGAUGGAGGAGCUGAGCAUGCCGCAAGACCUCAGGGAACAGAUCGCUUCGACAAUCAGAACUUUUUACCCUGUGGAAGAGAGCCAGUGUUUAGAGACUGAUCGAAACCAGUCAGACUCAGAGGAAGAUUUAGAGCAAUUUGUCCAGGACUGUAACGAUGAAACAAAACAAUCACUUGAGUCUGAUAGUCGAUGUGUAACUGAAGACACUACUGAUGCGGUUUAUACCCAACAGGGACAAAUAAUAAGCAAGUCAGAGCAGCCUAGUGAAACCCAAGAAUCACAGACAGAAAAAGAAGAGUUAUUAAAAGAUAAAGAAAAUGAGACAAAAGAGGAAGAAAGUGGCAAAGAGGGACAAUUAGAGGAGGAAAAAGAGGUAAAGAUCAGGGAAGAUGAAGAUACAAAAGAGACAGAAGCUGAUUGUUACAGGACUGAAAAGGAAUAUAGGGAAAGAGAGGAAGAGGAAGAAGAGGAGCAAGAAGCAAAAUCAGGGGAAGUAAGUAGUGAAGAAUCUAUUGAUAAAGAAGAGGGAGGGGCAUAUGAAGAGGAGGAGACAAAAGAAGAAGAAAGUAAAAAAGAGGAACAACUAGAGGAGAAAAGGGAGGUGAAGAUUAAGGGGGAUGGAGAUACAGAAGAUGAAAGUGAAGGGACUGAAAAGGAAGAUGGAGAAAGGGAGGAAGACAGAGCAGAAGAGCCAGAGCAAUCAGAAUCAGACGAAGAGAGUGGUGAGGGGUCUGUUGAUAAGGAAGAAGCAGGGGUGGAUGAAGACAAGAAAGGGACAGAUGGAGAGGAGGUGGAGAAAGAAGAAGAAAGUAGAGAACAAGAACAACUGGAGGAAAAAAGGGAGAUGAAGAUUAAGGGGGAUGGAGAUACAGAAGAUGAAAGUGAAGGGACUGAAAAGGAAGAUGGAGAAAGGGAGGAAGACAGAGCAGAAGAGCCAGAGCAAUCAGAAUCAGACAAAGAGAGUGGUGAGGGGUCUGUUGAUAAGGAAGAAGCAGGGGUGGAUGAAGACGAGCAAGGGACAGAUGGAGAGGAGGUGGAGAAAGAAGAAGAAAGUAGAGAACAAGAACAACUGGAGGAAAAAAGGGAGGUGAAGAUUAAGGGGGGUGGAGAUACAGAAGAUGAAAGUGAAGGGACUGAAAAGGAAGAUGGAGAAAGGGAGGAAGACAGAGCAGAAGAGCCAGAGCAAUCAGAAUCAGACAAAGAGAGUGGUGAGGGGUCUGUUGAUAAGGAAGAAGCAGGGGUGGAUGAAGACAAGAAAGGGACAGAUGGAGAGGAAACAACAGAGGAAGUAGAUGAGGUGAACCAGCAAUAUAGAGAUAGAAAAGACAAAGAGGCUGAUAGUGAAGGGACUGAAAAGGAAGAUGGAGAAAGGGAGGAAGACAGAGAAGAAGAGCCAGAGCAAUCAGAAUCAGACAAAGAGAGUGGAGAGGAGUCCAUUGAUAAGGAAGAGGCAGGGGUGGAUGAAGAAGAGCAAGGGACAGAUGAAGAGGAAACAACAGAGGAAGUAGAUGAGGUGAACCAGCAAUAUAGAGAUAGAAAAGACACAGAGGCUGAUAGUGAAGGGACUGAAAAAGAAAAUAGGGGAAGAGGGGAAGAUGGAGAAGAAGAGCCAGAGCAAUCAGAAUCAGAGGAAGUGAGUGAUGAGCAAUCUCUUGAAAAGAAAGGAGCAGGGGCAGAUGAAGAGGAGGCAGAGAUGACACUGGAUGAAAGAGAGCUGGGGGAUGAAUUAGGAGAAGGAGAGAAAGAAGAGGCUGAUGAGAUAGAUGAAGCUUUUAUGAAUGAGGACCCAACUCAGUAUAGUGCUGAAGAAACAGAUGAGAGAGAGGGUGCUGGGGAGACAGAGGAGGAAGAGAAGAUAAAUGAGACGGUUUACGAGGAGGGUGAGGAAAAAAGCAGUGAUGGAGGGGAAAAUGAUGAGAGGCAUAAGGAGGAGAAAGAAGAUGAAGGUGACAAUGUGGAAGAGACAAAUAAAGGGGGUGAAGUAGAAAAUGUAACUGUAGAAUUAGAACAGGAGGAGGAAGAAAAUGAAGAGUUACAUCUUGUUACAGGGAAUGGAGAGAAGGAACUACUGGAAGGUACUGAGGUAUCUGACGAUGAGGAAACGAAAAUUGGGUAUGGUAUUGAGGCAGAUGAGGAAGAGGAGGUGGAAGCAGAAACAAAUGCAGUUACUGCAACAGAUCCAGAGGAAAGGGUUAGUGAAAAUGCAGAUGAUGAUAAAGAAAUGGAAGAAUUUACUGAAGAUAGAAAUGAACUAGAAGUUGAGGAUGAAAAGGAAAUACAGCAAAUAGAAGAGGUUAGUGAGGGAAACAAUGAAGAGGAGGAGGAGGAGGUAGAAGAAGAGAGAGGACAAGAUGAAGAACAUGAGGAGGAAGGUAGUGGAGAUUCUGUGGUUAAAAAUACAGAGGAAGAGAGAGAGAGGACAACAACAGAUGAGGAAGAGGUAGACGAAGGAAGGGACACGGACACAGAAGAUGAAAAGUAUGAUGAGGCUGAAGACAGGAGGAGAGAGCCGGAGCAAACAGAAAGUAGUCAGGAGGAAGAAUCAGCAGAAGAGAGAGAAUGUGGAGAAGAGUUAGAGAGGGAUGAAAAUCUGACAGCAGAUCAAACUGGAGAUGAAGAGGAGAGGGAGGAUGAUGAAGAGAAGGAGUCACAAGAGAAAUUAGACCAGGAAAAAAAACAAGGCACUGAAUCCCCAAGCAAAUACUCCUCUGAAGGUCAGUGUGCUGAUGACAAAGGUAACGGAACAGACACGGUUACUGAAACAGAUGAAGGAGGAGAGAUGCUUAAAGAAAGAAGUGGCAGUUUAUCCCAUCCAGGGGAAAUAUCCCAGGAAUUACUCGACUUUGUGAACUAUGCCCUCCGGUCUUCUUCGCUUGUAUUCAUAUAUGACAAGGACGGGAACAUUAGGAUAGAGCCUGAUAAUGCUCAGGUAGUAAAAACCAAGCAAAGUGUUCUUCUGAAAAGCAGAAAAGACAGUUCAUACGGCUUAAAAUGCCUGCCAAGCCCGAGCACCUCUGAUUUAUCUGAUUACAGACCAGAAACAUCAGAGAGUGGAGGCUAUAAAACUCAGGAGUCUGUAGAUAUUAUGUCAGAGAGUGGAGGAGAGGCUUCCGAGAAACCUUCUCCAGUCUAUACACAUUCAGCUGUCCAAGCUGAGAGGACAAAUCUGGCUAGCUCAAAGUUGUCUGUUGCAAGUAAUUCAGGAACCUUUCCUAGUUCCAGUGACUCGGGUACUAAAGCCUCAAGGGAGGAUCUUUCUUACUUCAGUGCAGCAAGCUCAUUAAAAGCAGAUCGUGAAGCCACCACACAGGCUGCACAGUGCAUGUCUUUUGUCUCACAAAACUCAGCGGAUGGGGUUUUGAUUGAUCAAGGCAGAUGGCUCCUAAAGGAGAACCAUCUCAUAAGAAAAUCUCCUCCAGUCUCGCUGGGAAUGUACGGCAAUUUGGACAGCACAUCCUUAGACACAGGUCAGGAGAACACUAGCGAUGAUUCCCCACCCCAUUUGAAAACUCAGCACAGUCCCCUUGCAGCCAUAUCCUCAUCAGAACUCGAGGAGAUGGCGAAGCCUCCAACUCCAAAGUGCAUCUACUACAACCUGCCACAUGGUAGCGACUCGGACCCAUUUUUGGACGAUUCAAGUAUUAAAAGCAGUGCUCGAGGCAGGGGUGUCAGGGUGUCACCUACUAUUGACACAUCAAAAACCUGGGCAAAUAAAAAUGGCAGUCAGUCUUCGUUUGCGUCAGUGGAGUUCAGAAUCCCAGACAGAAAAGUUCAUCCCGAGGGCGAGUCAGCGGUUGUGACACAGCCAAGUAGGACAUCUGCUGGCGUAAGCCAUGUACUACAAGCACAAGACUCAAUGGACAAUCUGCAUUUGAGAUGUGGCCAAUACUGCCCCAUACUAUGAUAUUUAACAGAAACAGCUGCUAGUAUUGACUGUGUUUGUUGUUUAAUGUGAUGCAACUUGAAAAGUUUGUUGUUUUAUCUGUAAAUAAUUAUGAACCAUGAGAGUUGUGCCUCUUAUUUGCAUUUGAAUACAGAAAAAAAAGAAGAAAAAAAAGUCUAAAUUUACAAUAAUUUUUGGUGCUGAAUAUCAGGUAGUGUUUGAUAGCAGAAUGUAAACAAAUAAGACCUAUUUUCCUUCUCCCUCAAAUCUCUUGAACAUCAGGAAAUGAAAAAAUAACUCAGUCUGCAAUAGAAAGCAGAUUUCAUUGCUUGUAUUCUUUCACUGCUUGUUGGGGUUUGUCCAGAACAUUUAUUUCUAAUAGCUGUUUCAUCUUUUUAUGUUAAAGAACUGAUUUACUUACAAAAAUUCUAAAAGUUAUAGAUUUCUUACCCAGGCUCAUUUAAUCAGCAGGAUAUAUGCUACUUUAUGAGACAGUGAAUUGGACUACUGUAGUACUGGCUUUUUACUUUAGGGUUUGGUUGAGGCCAAAAAUAGAGUACAAAGGAGUGAAACUGAUUGGGUGAACAAAAAACUGAUACUGUUGCUUUGGUUCUGUAAUAAUUGAAUGCUUUCUUAUUUUAUCAGCAUAUCAGGAUGUGUUCAAGUGAUCAUCAGGAUCGCCAAUGAUAGAAAAGUGAACAUUUUCAUUUCUGAGUUUGAACUUUUUUAUGUGCCUUCUUUUAACACCCACACUUUGGGUGUGAGUUGCAAUGUUGUAUGUACAGUCAGUAUUUAACUUACAUUGCUAUCUCUAUUAAAGGUGUAUCUGUGUUUUAA